UUUCAGUAGUUUUGUCAGGAGUUUUCUCUUGAUGGCAUAGCGCCGAUUCCUGCAAAGCAGCAGGCCGAUUCGGUGGAUUAUCCAUGCGCGUUGUUUCAUUGAGUACCGUGAACCAUACGGAGCCGUUACAGAUUCGAUCAUGGUGAUUACUCGACGGAAUCGACGCCAUGGCCGCACAGCGGGAGCUGGCGGUCACGGUCCUGGCGAGAGGUCGUCGUGGUUUCGACUCAGCCACGUGGCGUGGAGUGGUAGAUUCUGGCUUAUCUGCAUCUCGCUAGUCGCGGGUUACAACCUCCUCGUUCUAAAUCUCGCAGGCCGGGAGGUGGACAGCCCCCCUCUCCGCGUGUGGUCCUUCCUGCUGGGCGGGAGUGAGGUGGACCGCGUACCUGGCGACCCCGCAUUGGCGGACGAGCCCACCGCUGACGUCACCACCAAGGCUCUGUACGACGAGAUCGCGUUCGAGAAUCUGCCUGGAGGCGUGUGGACGCAGGGCUUUCCCCUCCAGUACACCGGGCAUGAGUGGGACAAGGAGCCGCUGAGAGUGCUCGUGGUACCCCACUCCCACAACGACCCGGGGUGGCUGCAAACAGUGGAGGAGUAUUACAUGUCGAGCACACGCGGCAUCAUAGACACCAUCGUCAAUGUCCUCUCGGAGAAACCGACUCGCAAGUUCAUAUGGGAGGAGAUGUCGUACCUGUCGCGAUGGUGGAUGGAUGCUAGUGAGGAGAUGAAGGGCAAGCUCAAGACGCUGAUUCGAAGCGGGCAGCUGGAGAUAGUGGGCGGCGGAUGGGUCAUGAAUGACGAGGCCAACUCCCACUACUUCGCCAUCCUCGAACAGAUCACAGAGGGCAACACGUGGCUACAUGACGCAAUAGGCGUGGUACCUGCCAACUCGUGGUCCAUCGACCCCUUUGGCUACAGCGCCACCAUGCCCUACCUGCUGCAGCGGUCAGGCUUCCACAACAUGCUCAUCCAGCGCGUGCACUACGAGCUCAAGAAAGUCUUAGCUAAGCGCCGGCACUUAGAGUUCUACUGGCGCCAGGCGUGGGAUAAGAGUGGCGGGAAGGAGGCCCCGUGGGGGGUAGUGGAAGGAGGAGUAGGAGCAGGAGUGGGAGAAGGGGGGGGUGGAGAAGGGGGGGAACAAGCAGCAGCAGCAGCAGCAGGAGGAGCAGCAGUAGGAGCAGAAGGAGGAGCAGCAGCAGUGGGUGGUGCAGCGGGAAAGACGGACAUUCUGUGCCACAUGAUGCCGUUUUACUCGUACGACAUCCCGCACACGUGCGGCCCCGAUGCGUCCGUGUGCUGUCAGUUUGACUUUGCCCGCGUGCCCGGCGGCGAGCACACAUGCCCCUGGGGCAUCCCUGCUCAAUUGAUCACACAAGAGAACGUGGAGGCGAGGGCCAACAUCAUCCUCGACCAAUGGCGCAAGAAGUCCCUGCUCUACCGCUCCAACGUCGUGCUGGUCCCUCUGGGGGACGACUUCCGCUAUCCCAGAAUGGAUGAGGCGCAGCGCCAGUUCACCAACUACGAAAGAAUCUUUGAGUAUCUCAACAGCCGCCCGGAACUUCGAGUCAACGCCAGCUUCGGCACCCUGGGGGACUACUUCGACGCCAUCAGAGCGGCUGCUGUUAGAGAGGCGUCUCUUAACGAGGCGUCUUAUAACGAGGCCUCUGCUAAAGAGGCGUCUCUUAACGCGGCUGCUGUCACAGAGGCGUCUCUUGAUUCGCACACACGCCACACCCUCUCCACGCACCCGUCCACUCCCCCCUCCCUCUUCCACACUCUCCCCUCCUCGCUCCGCCCGCGCCUCCCCUCCCUCUCGGGUGAUUUCUUCACCUACGCGGAUCGCGAUCACGACUACUGGAGUGGCUACUACACCUCCCGCCCAUUCUGGAAGGCAGUAGACCGGGUCCUAGAGUCUGCUGUGCGGGCUGCAGAUAUUCUCUUUGCGCUCACGUGGUCGCAGCUGCAGGCGAGGGGAGAGGGGGCAAGGGGAGGGAAGGGGCUGAUAGGGGCGGUGAUGGGGGGAGCGAGUGGGGGAGGGGGGAGCGGGGGGCGGGGGGAGGUGGGGGAGGUGAUGGAGAGAUUGGCGGAGCAGGCUGAGUGGAUGAAGAGAGGAGGGGAAGGAGGGAGGGGUGGGAGGCAGCUCGCAGAGGAUAAUUUCAGGCAUCUGCUGUUUCCGCUCAACUUUGCAGAAAGGCUGGUGCGGGCGCGGAGGAACCUGGCGCUGUUUCAGCACCAUGACGGCAUCACCGGCACGGCAAGGGACCCGGUAGUUGUGGACUAUGGGCUGCGCAUGCACACUGCCCUCAACGACCUCAAUGACCUCAUGUGCGCUGCUGUGGUGUCUCUGCUCACCGACUCCCCCACUCAAGACCCUGAGAAGUCGCCCGUGCAGCUGCAGCCCGAGCAGCACCGCACCCAGCAGCACAUCCUCCCGAACCACCUCUCCCUCUCCUUCCCCCCCUCCCCCCACACUGAGGAGGGUGGUGGGAGAGGCGGGGGGAGUGGUGGCGAAAGUGCAGGAGGAGCCAGGAGGCGUGUUUUAGAGGUGGAGGAAGACGGGAAAGCAGGUGCAGUGCGGCGUGUGGUGGUGUACAACCCAGUGGAAGAGGAGCUGAAGCAGAUCGUCUCAGUGGUGGUUGAGACUCCCCUCCUCUCUGUGCUCGGCCCCAAGGGCGCCUGCCUUAAAGCCCAGCUCAUGCCAGAGUGGGCCUCCCCGCCUCCCUUCACUCCCAAACCCUCUGCCAACACCACGGAUGCCACUCGCUCACCUGACCUUACUGCUGCUUCCGCGGCCACAGAUGCUGCUGCAGCAGCAGUUGCAGAGUCUGCUGCUCCUUUAUCAGUGACAACAGGGAGGCAUAGGUUGUUUUGGGAAGCGACAGUUCCUGCUCUUGGCCUCCAAACCUUCGUUAUCGGUCCGCCGGAAACUUUGCCAGGCUGCCCGGCUGCGGAGCCUUCGCUCGUCGAAGUUUCCAACCCACCUGCGGGUUUCUACUGCCCGAAGCCGUAUCGAUGCACCGUGCACGACCCCAGGCAGGACGACACCUUUUCGAUUGGGAACCGCGAGUACCGAGUGAGAUUCAGUGCCGCGCAGGGGCUCAUGAAAAACAUCCAGCAUAGAAGACUUAUAAAGGAUACUCUUAUAGAAGAGGAAUUUGCAGUGUACACAGGGCAGAGCGGUGCAUACCUCUUUCUCCCUGGGGGCGAGGCGAUUUCAAUAGUAACCAACGGAGGGACGUCUUUAAUCUCCCGAGGACCUCUAGCUGAAGAGGUGCAUACAGUAUUCAGCUAUCUCCCUGUGGAGGCUUGGGACGAUUCGGGCCGGCAGCAGGGGGGGUGGCAGCAGUCGCAGCGGCAGCAGCAGCGGCGGCAGCAGCGGCAGCAGCAGCAGCUGCAGAGGGAUAGAGCUGCAAGGGCCGUGCAUGAGGCGUGGGCUCAGGAGGGCCCGGGAGGUAAAGGGGCAGAUGGGCUGAGUUUGCUGAGACAGACGCUGAGGAAUGCUGCUUUGAAACACUUUGGGGGGGAGUACCACGGCCAUGGGCAUGGGCAUGGGCAUGGGCAUUGGCUUGGGAAGGCACACAUGCAUGAGAUGCACAGGCACGAGCAGAUGCAUGAGCAGCAUGCGAAUGCGAGGAUGCCCGGAAAUGAGCCCAUUCUUGAGCAUGCUCAGGCGCAGGAGCACGUGCAGACGCAGGAGGAGGCGCAGAUGGAAGGUGGAGGAGGAAUGGGCGGAGUGGUGGUUCCUCUGAGUGAGGUGGAGGCUCUAAGAGAGGGGCUGAGACGGCGAGCAGGGCUGGGAGGAGAGCAGGGAGGGCAGGGGCAGGAGCAGGGAGUGGAGGGGCAGGAGCACGGGCAGAUAGGAGUGGGCCAAGCGGGGGGAGUGCAGGGAGGUGAGAGCUUGCAGCUGCAGUACCCUGAGAGGGAGGUGGGGGAGAGGCCGUAUGCAGAAAGAGGGCAGCAGGUGAGGCAGUUCCAGGUGGCGAGGAGGAGACUGCUGGGGGAUGGCGUGGAGGCAGAGGAGGAUGGGGAUGAAGAAGAAGAUGAUGAUUAUGAUGUGGAUGGUGAGGGAGGGGAGGAGGAGGAGGAGGAAGAGGAAGAGGUGGAGGAAGAAGAGGAGGAGGAUGAUGAGGAUGAGGGCAGUGGCAGCAGGCGCUUGGGAUCAUCCCAUCUGCCCCGGGACGACGGCACUGAUGCACUCAUGCAGUCAGCAUCAUCAUCAUCCCCAUCACCCCUAUCAUCAGCAUCGGCAUCAGUCGCAUCGCCAUACAUGGCUGCAGUGGCCAACGAGUCGUUCUGGGAUGAUGCCGUACGGGCUCUGGCGAUGGUGACGGGCAAUGAGUCACUUUGGAAUGGGACCAACUGGGACACGGUGAUGCAAGCAGCCGCUGCCAUUGCAGGGAAUGACUCGUACUGGGAUGGAGCCAAGGGGAAUGGGGAUGAGGGGAGUGGGGGGAGUGAGGGGAAUGAGGGGAGCUGGUAUGGAACCAUGCAGGAAGCUUCUGUCCCCUCCACCAAUCACUCCCGGGCAGCUCACAUCGUGGCAGCCGCACUUCGGGCAGCCAAAACGCAUGCUGGAGUGGAGAAUCGGGCAGGUGGAAUUCUGGAGGCUGGCACAGGAAUGGUGGGCGGGGAAGGGGAGGCGGUGGUUGGGGGAUUGAGACGAAAGCUUAUGCAGGUGAGGCGUAAGAAAAGGAAGGGCAGGAAGGGGAGGAAGAGAAGGGCGAGUGUGGGGAGUGGGGAGGCCGGUGGGGUAGAGACAGGAGUAGGAAGGGACGUGGGCGAGCAAGGAAUUGCAAGGAGUGCAGGUGAAGCAGCAGGGGGUGUUGAAGGGGUUGGUAGUGGUGCUGAUGGUGGCGCUGAUGGCGCUGGUGCUGGUGAAAUGGCCAGGGCUGGUGAAAUUGCCAGGGCUGGUGAAAUGGCCAGGGCUGGUGAAAUUGCCAGGGCUGGUGAAAUUGCCAGGGCUGGUGAAAUGGCCGGGUCAGGGGUAACUGAGGGUGCUGGUGCUGAUGUGGAUGUCAGGGGGGCAAGGAUACGGCGGAAGAAGAAGGGGAGGAAAGAGAAACGGAAGGGGAGGAAGCGGAGGGAGCAGGAAGUAGGGACAACGGAUGCAAGUGGUGCUGCUGAUGGUGGUGCUGGUGUUGCUGGUACCGCUGCUGCUGAUGGUGCUGCUGGUGCUGCUGGUGGCAUUGGUGGCAUUGGUGGCACCACAGCUGCUGUUGUGGGAGAACUAGGGGGAUUGAGUGAAGGAGGGGUGGGUGGAGAAGGGCUGGUUAACCAUAGGAUCCGAAGCAGAGUGCACGAUGGGGAUGACUUUGACGCCGCGGCUCAUACUGAAAUGCCCGAGGAGGCCAGUGAAGAGGACAGCACCACUGCUGCUGCUGCCGCUGGCGGUGGUGGUGAUGCUGCUGGUGGUGCUGGUGGUGCUGCUGGUGGUGGUGCUGCUGGUGGUGGUGCUGCUGCUGCUGGCGGUGGUGGUGAUGCUGCUGCUGGUGCUGGUGGUGCUGCUGCUGGUGGUGCUGAUGGCGCUGCUGGCGGUGCUGGUGGUGGUGCUGGUGGUCUUGAUGCGGGCAGAGAGCGAGCGGCAGAAGGGGCAAACGAGGACGUUGGCCAUGAGGUGGGAGUAGAGGAGGACGAGGCGGAGGAGGGGAGGCCCAACCCAGAGAGCAUAGAAGUGACCAGGCGCGAGUGGGAAAGCAGCAGUGGUGGUAACAACAGCAGCAGCAGCAGCAGCAGCAGCGGCAGCGGCAGCGGCGGUGGUGACCCCGAGCAAGAGUACCGAGACUUGGAGGAAUUUCAGAAGGAACUAGCUGAGGAGGAGAAGAGAGGGUGGGAGGUGACGGCGGAUGAGGGGGGCGCACAGCAGGAAGAGGGGGCAGGGGAGGGGGAGGAGCAUGUGAUGCCGGUGGUGCGCAGCGUCAUGCUCUACAAAGUCAAGUCGCCUCAGGGCCUGGUGAUCGAGGCACGGCAUCUGGUCAACAUCACGUCUGAAGCAGUCAACAACAAGGAGCUGGUGGUGCGCUACCGCACCUCGCUCAACUCCUCCCAACUCUUCUUCACCGACUCCAAUGGCUUCCAGACCGUCAGACGAGAGACGCUCGCCAAGAUCCCCACGCAGGGCAACUUCUACCCCAUGCCCGCGCUGGGGUUUAUCCAAGACCCUUCCGGCGUCAGAUUCUCAGUGCACACACGCCAGGCAGUUGGCGUGGCGAGUCUGCAGAGCGGCUGGUUGGAGAUGAUGCUGGAUCGGCGCCUGCCUCAGGAUGACAACCGGGGCAUGCAGCAGGGCGUGCUGGACAACCACCCCACACACACCACCUUCCACCUGCUCCUAGAAGCCAACACCUCCGCCCGCCCCUUCCCCUCCCCCUCCUCCUCCUCCGCCCUCCUCCCCUCGCUCCUCUCACAACGAAUUGGCUCGGAGCUCAACUACCCGCCGUAUCUUUUCGUCGGGCAGCUCGAGAGCCCGGCGAGAUUUGUUUCUGGGCAGAGAGAGGGGGGAGGCUGGGGGGGUGGCAGGAAAGGGAAGAGUGCGGGGGGGAGUGGGGAAAGUAACGACAGUAGUUCUGGUAGUGGUAGCAGCAGUGGAGGGAAGGGAAGUGUGCGGGGUACUGUUGCUAGCAGUGUGGAGCCAAAGCCGGGCGGUCUUGGUUGGACGUAUUCUCCUCUGAGCCGCCCGCUACCAUGUAACAUGCAUGUGGUCAGCUUCAAAGUGCACCGGCCCAUGCCCAACGCCUCGGUGCAUUCUGAGCCCCCUCUGGCCCUAGUGUUGCACCGCAGGGGCUUCGACCACAGCUACGGGGGCUCACACGCUGCAGCACCCUGCAAGCUCACCCCCACCGGCCAGGUGCACCUUGCCCGCCUCUUCUCCAGUGCUUAUGUCACCGAGUUUGAGGAAUUCCCUCUUAACCUCGUCCGAGCUGCCCCGUUACCAGUAACCCCAGGGUCACUCGGUCAAGGCUCUCAGGAUUUGCUUAGAAUGGGAGGGGGAGAGGGGGGCAACUUGACAAGUGGGGGGGGGAGAGGAGGGGUGAAGGCGGCAGGGGCAUUUGGUGUGAAGUCAUGGAAGGAGAGGGUGCGUGGGGUGACUAGCCUCAAGCUGGAUGUGAUGGAGCUGAAAGCUGUGAAGCUACACAUGAUGCUGAAGGCGAGGAAGAAAGGGUGGGGGGGUUGGAGAGGGAAGUGAAGUCCAAUGCGUUACAAACAAUGAGUGAUGGUCCUGGGAAAUAAACGGUAAAAUCUUAUGGAAUGGUAGAACUGUCACGAAAAUGUUAAAAGACAUGUCGUUUUCUCUUGCUGUUGCAAGCUAUUGAGCUAGCAUUAUCUCGGUGGAAUUUCA